AUGUACGUGGUGGCUAAUAUAACUCCCUAUGAAUGGAAUCUCAAUUUCUCCUGUUGUACCGCCCAUGAACCUCACCCGGCUGCCGCUUUUUCCGCCACCGAUGCUCCAAUCGCCAUGUCCAAUAAUUAUAGUUUCUGGAACACUGUUUGGUUUGUUUUAAUCAAAAAAAAAGCAACCAUGAAAAGUUUUCCAGGUAUGUUUUGAGCACGAUGCUCAAAGGGGGCUGUGAUUUUGGGCCUCGUGCUGUUUCUACGCGACUUUUGGGAGGUUCUGGAGGAAGUAAUCGAUUUUUAUGAGUUUCUGAACUGUUAGGAACCUGGUGGGUAUUCUACCUGGUCAUUAUCUCAGCCUACACGGCCAACCUGGCCGCCGUCCUGACCGUUUCCCGGCCUUACAUCCCCAUCAAAAACCUUGACGAUUUGGCCAAUCAAACCGCCAUUUCCUACGGUACUAUUCGUGGCGGGAGCACUAUGCAGUUUUUCCAGGUGAUUCAUUUUUCAAAGCUAGUGAUGAUGAAGAAAUUUAGGAGUCAAGAAUCCAAACCCAUAUAAAAAUGUGGGAAUACAUGAAAGAUAAGGACGUUUUUGUGACGAGCAACGGAAAGGGCGUUGAGAGGGUUUUGAGGUGAAUAUUUACGAAUUUUGAGUACGAUAUAGUGUAUUUUUUCACGCUGAUUAUGAAUCUGAAUCCAAAAAAUUGAGGGUAAGGCGGGAAAAAAUGAUGAAAAAUUAAAAUAUACCAAUUUUUUAGUUCAUUCUUAUUAUGGAAAUGAUCCCGGUCGUUAUGAAAAAUGAAAAAUGAGUAUUGCAUUUUUUUUUUGAGUUAGGAUUUUUUGAGAGCUGCAAUAGACAUUCCAAAAAAGAAACUGGUUCGGUGGCCUUUUUUUUGGUUUCUAGCGCUUUUUUCUCAUCUAUAAAAUUAGACUAAUAAUUCAAAAUCAGCAGAAAAAAAUAUUUCUGGUGGUCCUGAAUCGAUUCAUAAGUUUCAUUAUAGUCCGUUUUUCGCGACUCUCUGCGCCCUCCUUAUCUCUCGAGGUCUCUAUCAUGUUUACUUUUUCUGACCUCUCCGGUGAGGGAACAGAGAGACGCAGACACGCGAAAACUGUCAAGUAGCGGCGGGCGGACUAUAUUACCUGAGACUUGAAAUAUUUCAAAAUGAUUGAUUUUCAGUAGCAACUACGCCUACCUCAUGGAAUCGACUUCCCUGGAGUACGAAGUUCAGCAAAAUUGUAAUCUUACCCAAAUUGGAGGGGUCUUGGGCUCAAAGGGCUAUGGAAUCGCCUUACAGAAAAGUUCUCACAAAAAAUAAUACAAUUUUAAAUUUUUGUUUCAGAAUCGGAGUGGACCGACCGGAUUUCGAGACAAAUUUUGCUCUAUGCAAAACGGGGAAUCAUUGAGAUGAAAAAGACGAAAUGGUGGAGGAGCAAGUUGGUUUUUUUUUUCUAGUAAAAAUGGCACCCUUUAUGUCUUUGAGCGACUUUCAGAGAAUGGACUAAAAAUCCACUUUUUCAGGGGAGCCACUUGCGCCGGCACGACGUCUUCUGUGAAACAAGACCGCUUCGCCCUGAGCAUCUACAACGUCGCCGGCCUUUUCAUCACGUUGAUCGUCGGAAUCCUCAUCGCCGUCGUCGUCGUCAUCUUUGAGCUCAUCUACAGAUGCUAUCACAUUUCCAAGAAGGAGAAUGUUUGAAAACAAUUACACGAUUUGAUGUUGAUCUUGCAAUUUAGAAGCCAUUCCUUGACGAGUUGCUCUACGAGCUGAGGUUCGCCCUGAACCUCAAUAAGGUUGGUUUUUUGGCAUUUUUUUUCUAAUUAUUCGAUUCCUGGAUUUAGCUCUUUCCUACCGGACGGUUCUGAGAAUGUUGAGGAAAUUUGAAAUUUAUUUGCGCGCCUCUUUAGUGUUCCCUUGAUGUUGACCGAACUUCUGUUCAGCAGCGCCUAAAUAUUUUAAGCAGCGCCUAAAUAUUUUAAGCAGCGCCUAAAUGUUUUAAGCAGCGCCUAAAUAUUUUAAGCAGCGCCUAUAUGUUUUUGGCAGCGCCUCAAUAUUUUAAGCAGCGCCUCAAUAUUUGAAGCAGCGCCUAAAUAUUUUAAGCAGCGCCUUAACAUUUUUGGCAGCGCCUAAAUAUUUUAAGCAGCGCCUAAAUGUUUUAAGCAGCGCCUAAAUAUUUUUGAAAUCUCAUGACCAAUUUCGGCAGGGUCGAAACCUCUCUAACCAAAUUUCAAGAUCCAAAACAGCCCCUCUAACUUUUUUUUUCCUUUUUUUCCAUUAUUCGAAUCUUUUCCAGUUCUCCGACCACCGAUCUCGAAAAAAGCUCUCAACGCACAAUGGUGAGCUGACCCCCAACGGUCACACUCCUGGAAACGUCCUGACCCCGAAAAUAACCAAAACGAAUCUUUGA